GCGUUAUCAGGCUCUGUGCAGAGUAGCAAAUUUUUCCACGAUGAUUUGAACUGAAAACAUUGGCAACCAAAAUAUGACCGACGACGGGUAUUCUAGACAUCUUCUCCAACAACUGACACUCGGGGUUGUCGAAACAAUCGAUAGCAAACCUGGAGUGUUCAAUGUGAAGCAUGAUGCCCUUACUCCUGCAGAUCGGCACACAGUGCUUAGCUGGGAGCAGAAAAAUAUCACAAAUUUACCUGAUGAUCUGAAGCAGUUCUACCUGACUAGUGAUGGACUACGCAUUACCUGGAGUGUUAAGCUGGACAGUGGUCCCUUCCAGCUGGGUAAGAUGUGGAUCAAUCCAAUCAGUCAGCUGAGUCGUAUUGGGGGUGUGGCUGUUGGCCCUGCAGGGAUUGCCCCAAGCCUGGCAGAUCUUCAUCCAGUGUCGGAAACAGAAGAAGAGGAUGAUGUCUGCACGCCAGGUGGUAUUAAGCCAAGGUUUGACAGUACCUGCAAACUGUAUGAACUGGACCCCUGUGAUGGCUAUGGCAAAGUCUGCCUAGUGUAUAAAGGCUGUAAGAUUGGCACGCUGGACUCUAAACCAGAUAUCUGGUUUCUGGACCGAGCCCUGAACUGGCAUUACAUGUGUGACUCCUUCACCGCUUACUACAGACUGAUGGUCAUGCACUUCGGCCUUCCUCAAUGGCAGUACGCCUUCACAGACAUAGGGCUCAGUUCUCAGGCCAAGCAAUGGUUUCACCUGUUUGCCCCUCUGAGGUUGGAACUGGACCUGGAGACCCACAUCCCUGCUGAUACAGCACGACCACCCAGUACACUUACCCAGAUUGAUGUCAGUAAGGUGUUUAAGGGGAGGGCAGAGAAGAAAAAACCAAGCAAUUCUGCACCACCAUCUCAAGGCCUGAAGAAAAAGGCUGCAGUGCCUGGGAACAAAAGUCUGGAUAAGCGCAACACGGACAACAAUGCGUUUUUUCAACGUUGUAACCCUUCCAGUAGCGGCGGAUUGCUGGACCCCAACAGGAAGCCUGAAGUAUGGCCAUUCGUCAACACAAACUUCUGUGAAAUCACUGAAGUGAAGGCAUGUCCUAAUGGCGUAUGGAUACGAAAGCAGAGGAGAAAGAUUCAACACCCAGACUGUGUGUACUGUGUCCUUGGAGAGGCUCCUGAGCUGAAGAUCAGACAAAAAUUAACUGACCUAGGGUUGUAA